UUGGAUUGACCCAGACUGUGACAGCUGACUCUAAAACUGUUUGUGUGUGUGUGUGUGUGUGUGUGUGUGUGUGUGUGUGUGUGUGUGUGUGUUUGUGUGUGCACAUCUUUUGCAGAUUUUGGUGAGCGGUCAUGCCUCUCCCACCACCACCACCACCUCCUCCUCCACCUGGUCCUCCUCCACCAGCGCCAGGUCCACCACCCCCACAUCAAACGGCAGCACCACCACAGUCCCAGACAGGCCAUUCUGCACUGGGGUCAUCAGAGCGGGGCGGCCGCAAUGCUCUCCUGGCAGACAUCCACAAAGGAAUAUGUUUGAAGAAGGUCGCGCAGGUUAAUGACCGCAGUGCCCCGCAGCUUGACAAGCCCAAAGGAACAGGCCCAACACUGGGAGGUGGCAGCUCAGGGUCAGGAGGGUCAGGUGGCUCAGGCUCAGGUGGCCCAUCAGCAGGAGCGUCCGCUCUCGGAGGUCUGUUCGCUGGAGGUUUCCCCGUGCUCAGAUCUGUAGCAAAGGGGGAAUCUAAAACACCCCUGCACAACCCUGUAUCCCGGUCAGGCUCGUCUCUAUGUCUGAGGCAGCCCCUGUGGAACCCUCCAAUGAAUUCCGGGGAUUUCCGUGGCAGCGCUCCAGAUCUCUCCACGUCCCACAAGCCUCUGGAGAGAAGAUGGUCUCGGCCCUCCCCCUCCCACCCUCCAGCGCUGUCUGCCCCCUCCAGACCACCAUCCUCAGGCCCUCCCCCUCCUCCUCUGUCCUAUCUGUCCUUAGACAGACCAAAGACUUGCCCUCCACCCGUACCUACCUGUCCUCCUCCACCACCCCCACCAGCCGCGACCUACAUCACCAAACCCAACUGGUUACCCGUCCAGCAGCCCACCAUCAUGCCGUCCACUCCCCCUCCGCCCCCACCCCCACCCCCACCCCCACCUCCAGCCCCCUCCCUCCCACCCUCUCGACUGCCCAACUAUUCCCCAGGUGCCUACUACCCCUCUCCGUCAACUUCCCCUUCUGAGCCACAGGAGCAAGUAGACGCGUUCCCCCCUCCACCUCCACCUCACCCCUCCUCAUACACCCCGAGCUGUCCCUCCUAUCUCCCCCCUCCUCCUCCUCCUCCUUCUAAAUUGCCGCCGUCACACCCGGCCCCCUACAGACCUGCUGUCCCACCCCUGCCUCCUACCUAUCCCUCCACAGCUCCUUGCAGACGGCCCCCAGCUAUACCGUGUCUUUCAGGUGUUGGAAGGCUAGGUCUGCCUCCUGCUCCACCUGCACGAUCUCCAACCACAGAAUUGUCUGCCUACUCUCACUUGCCUCCUCCUCCCCCUCCUCCUCCACCUUUCUAUCACACCCAGUCCUCCAGUCAGGGGAAUGGCCAUCUGCACAGCCUGGAUGACUUUGAGUCCAAAUUUCAGUUUCACCCCUUAAAAGAUUUGCCGCCACCCAAAGAGUUCUUUCCAUUUCCACGAAUUUACCCGAGCAAGAUAAACCAAGUGUCACCAAAGCCACCGGCAAUCAGGACUCACCUGCGGUGAAUUACUUAUCGACUCACCUGCGGUGAAUGACUUAUCGACUCACCUGCGGUGAAUGACUUAUCGACUCACCUGCGGUGAAUGGCUGAUGGUGCUUUGCAUGUCUUCCACCUCUUUCCCACCUCAGUGGCAUCAUCUGAUCCAACCAGUGUCUGAGUAACGGACAUCCCUUUUGCAACUUCACAGCAAAAAAACAAAGAACUGCAGAAUCUAGUAGGCAGAUGAGUGAUGUGUGAAGGCUGUUCAAAUAAGUAGUCAAGUGAGAAAUUCAUAAGCUGUUGAUUAGUAGCUACAAUCAGCACCUUGUAAGCUCUCUUGGGCCAAUACUGACUAGCAACCCUCAGGUCUACAUGAUUUUGAUACUCUAUGGUUUUAUAAAGUCAGUUAAAUUGUCCAAAAUGUAACUACUUUUAUAAGAGUUACAGCAAGAACGCAGAAUGUUUCCAUUUUAUAGGUCAUCAUGCAUUUCAGCUUCUUGGACAUCAUGUGUUUCUAUUAUAGUAGAUUCUUUACACUGGCCAUUAGCAGGAAUGUUCAAUCCUGCAUUUCAGUUGUGACUGAUGAAGCAAAAAUAAUUUUUCUCUAUGUACUUGUUUUUUUGUGACACAUUUUGCUUGUAAGGCAGAAAAUGAACUGACUUUUGUAUUUAUUUAACUUGUAUGUGUACAAUGUGUUUCCCACUUCACCUUUGUGAUAAUCAACCAGGUUAACUGGAAGCACUGCCACCUUCUGGAAUACAUUUGUAUUUCAGCAGAUGUAACCAACAUUUUCACGAGAGUAGAUACAAGUUUGAGCCCCUCUCAUACAAAUAAUAAUGUACUCUGAUUUAAUGGCUGUAUUGUCAAAAUGAUGAUGCAGGAAAAGCUGAAUUAUCAUGAAUACCAAAAAAUAUGAAUACCAUCGGUCAUAUGAAUUUCUGGCUUGAGAGUUUAUAUUGAAUAUUUAUUUUCAUCCAUCCAUGUACAAUGUGAAGUUUGUUUGUUUUUGUGAAGAUUAUUUGUUGACAUUUAAGAUACUCAUUUCAUAAUUCAUUGUAAUGACAAUAACAAUAUAAUU